AUGACGAAGGCGAUGACGAAGACAAUCAGAAGUGAAGACGCAUGUAACCCAGAUCAAAUCCUACCAUUCUCAACCAAAAAGCUUUUAUAAACAAUCUCAAAAACCCUAAACAGUAAACACCGACACCCAUACAUGGAGCUCAAACCAGGCCUGUCAGCUCUCGUCACAGGCGGUGGUAAUGGAAUUGGGAAAGCUCUCAGCUUGGCUUUAGCAAAGAAAGGCAUAUUUGUCACUGUUGUCGAUUUCUCCGAGGAGAAGGGAAAGGAAGUAGCAUCCCUUGUUGAAAAGGAGAAUGCAAAGUUUCAUUCAGAUUUGCCAUUUAAAUCUGCUUUAUUUAUCAAAUGCGAUGUCACAGAUUCUGGAAAACUGUCACAUGCUUUUAAAAAGCAUUUCGAAACAUAUGGGGGACUGGAUAUUUGUGUUAAUAGUGCUGGUGUUACAACUCCUCCUGUGCCUUUCCAUGAAGAUCAACCUGGUAGUACUAAUCCAUGGAUAAAAACUAUCAAUGUGAAUCUCAUUGCUGUUAUUGACAGCACUCGCCUCGCGAUACAAACCAUGCGUGCUGCUCAAAAGCCUGGUGUUAUCAUAAAUUUGGGUUCUGCCGCUGGUCUUUAUCCAAUGUUAGGCGAUCCUAUCUACUCUGGAUCCAAAGGUGGUGUUGUCAUGUUCACUAGGUCACUUACUUUACUCAAGCGGGAAGGUAUUCGUGCCAACGUGCUUUGCCCUGAGUUUGUUCAAACGGAAUUAGCAUCAGUAGUGGCUUCUAAUAUUGAUCAAAUGGGUGGAUGGGUGCCAAUGGAAGCAGUAGUUAAAGGUGCGUUUGAGCUCAUUAGCGACGAGAGCAAAGCCGGAGCAUGUAUGUGGAUUACAAAUCGUAGGGGACAGGAGUAUUGGCCUACCGAUAUGGAAGAAGCAAAAUAUAGAUUGGCUUCUUCUAAAUUUAGAAGACAGACUUCAGUUCUCUCUCAAGUGAAUCUUCAUUUGCCUAAGAGCUUUGAGAAAGUAGUUGUUCAUACACUGAGUCACAAUUUUCGUAGUGCUACCAAAAUAGUGCGAACGCCCCUUUCGUUACCAAUCAAACCUGGGCAUGUUCUUGUCAAAGUCAUUUAUGCUGGUGUAAAUGCUAGUGAUGUUAAUUUUAGCUCAGGUCGUUAUUUUAGUGGCAGUAAAAAUGACUUGGCUUCGACUCUUCCCUUUGAUGCCGGCUUUGAGGCUGUGGGGAUAAUUGCUGCUAUUGGAGAAUCUGUCAAUAAUUUGAAAGUUGGGACUCCGGCUGCCCUUAUGACAUUUGGAGGCUAUGCUGAAUUUACUUUGGUUAAUGCGAGACACAUUCUUCCUGUGGCAAGACCAGACCCUGAAGUUGUUGCAAUGCUCACUUCCGGACUAACAGCGUCAAUUGCUCUUGAAAAAGCAGCAAAUAUGGAAUCUGGAAAGGUUGUCCUUGUAACUGCUGCUGCUGGAGGAACAGGACAGUUUGCAGUCCAGCUCGCAAAAUUAGCUGGAAAUAAAGUUGUUGCAACUUGUGGAGGCAAAGAAAAGGCCAAGGCUUUGACAGAUUUGGGAGUAGAUCGUGUUAUAGAUUAUAAAGCAGAGGAUAUCAAAACUGUUCUUAAAAAUGAGUAUCCUAAAGGUGUCGAUAUCGUGUAUGAAUCAGUAGGCGGUCAGAUGUUUGAUCUAUGUUUAAACGCAUUGGCUAUUUAUGGAAAGAUGAUCGUUAUAGGAAUGAUUUCUCAGUAUCAAGGUGAACAUGGUUGGAAGCCUUUGAAUUAUACUGGCCUCUGUGAGAAGUUAUUAGCCAAGAGUCAAACUGUGGCUGGUUUUUUCCUGGUACAGUAUAGUAAUCUCUGGCAGCAGCAUCUUGACAAACUUUUUCUGCUUUACUCGCUUGGCAAACUCAAGGUUUCGCUAGAUCCAAAAAACUUUGUAGGCUUGAGUUCUGUUGCAGAUGCAGUCGAAUAUCUUCAUUCUGGGAAAAGUGUUGGAAAGGUUGUGGUUUGCAUAGACCCAUCUUUCAGUCAGCAGGUGGCUAAAUUAUGAGGAUAUGGUAAACAAGAAUAACCCAUCUUUCAGUCAUCAUGUGGCUAAAUUAUGAGGAUAUGGUAAAAAUAUAAUAAAUGGCAUGUUUCUUCCAAUAACUGUUUUGCAUGAAAUUUGUAACAUUUAAGUGAAGUGAGAAAUCAUUUGAAAUUGUUUACUCUA